AUGAGGAAAACAACUGCCCCCCACAGCCGGGACAACACAGCAUUGUUGCGUCCCGAGAGCCGACAAGUGUGUGAAGAAGACAAGCAAGCUGUGCAGAUGGCAGAUGAAACCACUCUAAAAGCCGACGUGAAAGACAAAAGGAGGGCUGAGGCGGAGGAGAACUCUGCAAGGGUGAGAGAAGUUGACUGUGCAGACGUUGUCCUGAAGUGUCUCUUCUGCCGGUUCUCCGAUUUGAUCUUUAUGAUACCGGACUCCUGUGGGAGACUGACCGAUCACUGCUGCCCGGACUACAAAUAUGUCAUCACCACGGUGGAGUUGGACACUACACCCGAUGACGGCGACGAUUGCACGGCCUUUAACUGCGGUUUUCUGGGCUCCUGUCACGACGCGAGUGACUGUUUAGAGCUGGCUAUGGAAGUUUCUGAAGUUUGUUACCACUAG